AAAUCUACUGUGGUUCUGUCUUUGUUAUCAGAUGGCCACAAAUCGGGAUGGCAAUCUGUGCCAACACAUGACCCUCAAGUUCAAGAUGCAGCAAAUCAUGCAAUCAAGACAAUCCAGCAAAGGUCUAAUUCAUUAGUACCCUAUGUGCUUCAUGAGGUUGCUGAUGCAAAGGCUGAGGUGAUUGAUGAUUUUGCCAAGUUUAAUCUGCUUCUCAAAGUCAAACGGGGAGACAAGGAAGAGAAGUUCAAGGUAGAAGUACACCAGAACAACGAAGGGGCACUCCAUCUAAAUCAGAUGGAACAAGAUCAUUCCUAAUUCUGAUCUGAAGGGUCGCUCCUAAACUAUCCUUUUUCUUUUAAUCAGUAUGGGGUGUAUGACUCUUACUAUCUAUGUUACGCAUAAAUCAUACACUUUUUGGGUAUUGUUCUUAUCUCUCUCAACAACUAUAUGUUGUGCUUACUCCUUUCUCUCUGA